UAUUGUAUCCUUUCAACCUUCCGAGAAGGGCGGUGCUGCGGUGGAUGACUCGCGAAUCACGAAUGUGGGGGACAAACCGGUCAAGUGACCCGAACGGAAACACGGACCCCAGAAAGCCCAGCAUGCUAGUUGCGGCGCUGCAUAGCAAUCUUUGGCAGGCAUUGACAAGGCAUCCUCCAAUAUUGUCCAUGGCAAUGUGUGAAAAUAGACCAACCACCGUAACACCAUGUGCUCCGGUGGCCUGCUCGCCCGUCACGAUUACGACGGCCGAGAAAACGCGGCCUCCGACCAUGCCGGGGCUCCGGCUCAAGGGGGAUCCAUUCGUUCAAAGAGGCUGCGACAACUUACGCCAUCAUCAUAUGAAAUGUUUUGACUAUCCGCGGCGGACGUCUGGAAUACAUUACUGUGUAGAGACGGAGCUCAGCCAGAGUUUCGAGGUUGGGUAUGGAAUAGGCUGACCUACCGUAAACCCUAAUUGUCCUGAUAGUUGAGGACCCCUCCGUCCCCCAGCGGUUACCUGUCACUCGUGUAUGCGACGAUCCACGGCCGUGUGCUUGAACUGCUUGCGUAACAUUA